UACUUUUACUACUUCCCACAGUUUCCCAUCUCUCCUUUUCCGUCGUUACCUAUUGCAGAGAGUGUCGAACGUAUUCCGUGCGAUAAUAGUUACAUCUUUGUCUUAAAAUGGCAAAGUUACGCGUCGGGAGUGUCCUUUAAAAAGUCGCACGACUUUUGUAUUUGCGACGCGAACGCGAGUGAGUGCUUUAGACUGCGAGGACUGAGAGGAGGAGGUGGUUCAGGAGGAACAUCGGGCGCCGGCGGAGCAACAUUUAGAUUAACUUGGCAGACCAACAGAACAACAACUCCGCUGCUGCGCAUCGUGCCGGUGAGAUCAUGCUGCAUUACCGUCCUUACCACGAUAGAGGCGGGUCCACUUUCUACUAAUUGGAUGACUGACAAAGAGUUAACUUUGCUGUGCGAAGUGUGCGAAGAUAAGGCUGCUGGAUAUCAUUACGGGGUGUUUUCCUGCGAAGGAUGUAAGUCAUUCUUCGGCCGUAUGUCUAACAGGCAGAACACACCGAGACCGUGCAGAAAUGACAACAAAUGUACAAUCGAUAAAAAAAGUCGAAAGUUGUGUCAAACUUGUCGGUUCCAAAAAUGUAUGAAAGCUGGAAUGUCUAAAAAAAAAUCACGCUUCGGGCGACAUUCAAACUUAUUUAAAUCGGAGCUUCUUUUACUAGCGAUGCUUGAAGCUUUACAGAAGGCGCCCACCGAAAAUGAAUACUUGUACGAGACUUAUUUCAUUAUAAGUAAUUUAUUACGCAAAUCGAUUGAUACAAACGAAGCAAUAAGGAAUUUCCAAUCGAUAAUUGAAAGACAAAGGAAUUCCACUAUUAACAUCCAAUUGAGCCGAGAGUUGAAUCCAGCUGAGUCAAGAUGCGUUGCGGACGAACGAGAAGCCAGUUUCAGAGACAAUGUCGUAACGAACGACCAUCCGGCGGCUGGUAAUACUUUAGACUUGUUGGUGACACUUAGAGAGUUCGACUUGGAAAGAAUGCAAGAAAGCAUUCAAAAUCAAUCAAUAGAGCAAACCGAACCUUUAGACCUCAGUGUACGAGAUGAGCGUCACAAACUGAGAACACCUUCAAACUAGAGGACAACCAACAGAUUCUUAUUUGACAAGAUCUUUGCCAACACUAGAAACUAAGAGUCUUUCUUGUGUUUGUGCGAGAUUGCUGUGUUUGCUGUGAUUGUUGUAUUUGCUGCUACGUACAAGAUGCACGUUGAAUAUACUAUGUAUAUUAACGUGAUGCGCCGACUCUGCAGGUGUCAUUAAUCAAUUGCAGCACGAAGCGCGAACGUUGCAAAAUCAUCGAGUUACGGAUAGAAGCCCACGCAACUGACCUUGAUGGGUCGAUCGUUCUUUACAUCCGGAUUGAACCAUACGUGAUGCCUUUUUCUACAUUUGUCAUUUUCGAUGCUUGUCGAAUUACACACCUCAUCCCCAAUAUUUAUUAUAUUCAUUAUUAAAUAUUUAAAAAAAUUGUUGUUAUAUUUAUUACAUUUUUACAAUUCCAAAAACAAAUAUAUGACAUUUUAAAUGAUUUUAUUGAUCCAUAUUUCUUUGCAC